AUGACUGUCUCUAGACAUGACUCUCAGACGACAUGUGCAUGUCCCGAUGAUGAAGAGUAUGCACAGAAGAGCCUUGUUGCGCCCCGCUAUAUGGGCACAUUGGCUGAUCAGCGGGAUAUGAAUGCCUUGGGUCGAGUCCAAGUACUGCGACGAAAUUUCCGGUUUAUAUCUAUUGUCGGAUUUGGGUGUACAUUGAUCUGCACAUGGGAGGUGAUCCUAACACUAUUGUCGGCAGGACUGACCGAUGGCGGCACGGCUGGCUUGAUCUGGGGAUUUGUUGCAGUCUCAAUUGGGUUUUCUCUGGUUUAUGCCAGCAUUGCCGAGAUGGCCUCGAUGGCACCCACCGCCGGAGGUCAGUAUCACUGGGUAUCUGAAUUUGCUCCUCGCAGAGGCCAAAAGUUUCUGAGCUAUAUCACCGGGUGGCUCUCGGCGAUGGGUUGGCAGUGCGCGAUAGUGUCAAUUGCAUACCUUGCCGGUACGAUCAUCCAGGGGUUAAUUGUCCUGAACCAGCCCACCUAUGACUUCAAGCGCUGGCAUGGCACGACGCUGGUGAUCGCCAUUUCAACGUUCUCGAUCUUGUUCAACACGUUCUUAGCCAAGAACCUGCCCUUCGUGGAGGGACUGAUCUUGAUCAUCCAUGUUGUCGGGCUCUUUGCCAUCAUCAUCCCACUUUGGGUGCUGGCACCACGGAACAACGCUCACGCCGUAUUCACUCAGUUCAACAAUGGCGGUGGUUGGGACAGUUCUGGCACGGCAACCCUGGUCGGACUGUCCACCACAAUCACGUCCAUGCUGGGCUACGACUGCUCGGUGCAUAUGUCCGAGGAAAUCAAAGACGCGUCCGAGACGCUGCCCAAGGCCAUGAUGUCCUCUGUCGCGGUCAAUGGCGUGUUGGGGUUUAUUAUGCUCGUCACAUUAUGCUUCACUUUGGGUGAGGUCGGCAUGGUACUCGACAGCCCAACGGGGUUCCCGUUUAUUCAAAUCUUCUACAACACCACGGGCAGCUUUGUUGCUACCAACGCCAUGACAGCCGUGCUGGUAGUGACUCUGACCGCCAGCACUAUCACCGAAGUCGCGACCGCGUCGCGGCAGCUGUGGUCGUUUGCCCGGGACGAGGGACUGCCAUUCUCCUCCUUCUUUGCAUAUGUCACCCCUGGAUGGAACAUCCCAUUGAACUCCGUGAUGGUAUCCCUGAUCGUCACCAUUCUCCUGUCCAUGAUCAACAUCGGGUCCCAGGUCGCGCUGAAUGCCGUGAUAUCCCUGACGAUUACCUCGCUGCUGUCAGCAUACAUAGUCUCAAUCGGCUGCGUACUCCUCAAACGCCUCCGGGGCGAGCCGCUCCCGCACCACCGCUGGUCCCUAGGCAAGUUCGGCAUGGCGGUUAACAUGGGAGCCCUGGCGUUUCUCCUCCCGAUAUUCAUCUUCGCCUUCUUCCCUCUGUCAACAUCCGUGACACGUGAAACCAUGAACUGGAGUGUGGUCAUGUACGUUGGCGUCAUCGGAUCGGCGUCCACCUACUACUUGGUCCGCGGCCGGCACCAUUUCAUUCCGCCGGUGGCUCUCGUGAAGCGGGAGGAGGGAAAGUAG